UUGGAAAUAUGCGCUGAAUUAGUUUAACAUUUGGGCUAAAUCAAUACUAAAUCUACAUACCUGAUCAAGUAUAAUUUUUAAAUGAAUUUGCCAUACAAUGUGCUGUGCGCAAACUUGUUUAAUAAUUAGUGAUUGUUUAUUCCAAAUGUUAAGCACCAACCCAAAUUUCUGAUCAAAAUUGAACAGUUUCUAUUGGAAAUAGAGGUAGCAGCAUGUCGAUAGUUUUGGAUGUUGUUCAAAAGAUAGUUUUAUAUAGCGCCUACGAGCUGACCUGUGCCGCCGCCGCACAAGUUUUAUAUAAAUGCCGCAUCAUAAAAGCGUGGAAAUUCAAACAAAAAUUUAAGAUCGCAAAAGCAACGGAUAAUCGGCGAAUGUCCAUUGAGGAUCGAGAUCCGCCCGCAACCUUAGAUGGCUUCAAUGUGGAGCCCAAGCCCAGCAGCCAGCAGCUGGACUCAGAGUAUAUCGACUUUGCAUUCAAGAAUUGUGGGCCCAUUUGCCAGCCAAAGACUUCCAUGAUGCGCAUAGCCAGGGACAGCUACUUCUCGUAGACUCGCACAUCGAAACAAAAGGCAACUGAUCGCAUAGAUAAAAUAACUUUAAUAGAGAGUAUGGAUGAUCCACAACUUGGAUAACAAAUUGAA